AAUUUUAUAUCAUGACGCUACCUACACAAGCGCAAAUAUAUUUUAACCGGAUCGAACUGCGUGAAACUCUUCUAAUAUUUUUGAUUUCUUUUCUAUCAAGUUAAAAAGUUCAGCCUAUUCCCCAAUAUAGUGUGGUACGACUGGUACGUUAGUAGAUAGAAAUCUUAGAAAGCGGAAAGAAGAAGAAGGUACUUUAACAGAAACCUUGUGCAUUUUUGGAGAAAGUUUGAGACUACGUUGAGCUAAUCAAGUCAUCUUUAAAUUUGCCGUCACAUCAACAUUUUCCGAGAUGGAUGAAAUAUCGCCAAGAGCAUACCCACUGGCUGAUUCUUCGUUAACAACAAAGAUAUUAAGCUUGAUCCAGCAAGCUAUGAGCUAUGGACAAUUGAAGAAAGGGGCAAAUGAAGCGACAAAAUCUUUAAAUCGUGGAUUAUCGGAAUUUAUAGUGAUGGCCGCGGAUGCCCAGCCAUUGGAGAUUUUAUUACAUCUGCCGCUACUAUGCGAAGAUAAAAAUGUACCUUAUGUAUUCGUUAGAAGCAAGCAGGCAUUGGGACGCGCCUGUGGAGUUUCUAGACCGGUAGUAGCUUGCUCUAUAACGAUCAACGAAGGCUCGCAAUUAAAACCACAGAUUAAAACAAUACAACAAGAAAUAGAACGACUUUUGAUUUAAAUGCACAUUUACAUCUAUAUUAUUUUUAUAUAUUAAUAAUUACUUUAUAGGUAAAAUAUUAAUAAAAUAUAUGUAAAAUAUGUUAAUAAACACAUUAUUAGCAUUAAC